CGAUUACGUAAAUCAGUAUCUCUACGUAUUCCACAACGGCAGGUGUAUGUACGCUGGGUGUGAAGUUGGCUUUAUAUUUUUCUAAAAAUUCUUAUACGUUCUCUUUUGUGACGUACCGUCCAAGUGAGAGUGCCCAACCUCAAAAGGACAACUAUACUGUCGUUUACGUUCUUUUACGUUCAUGUAAACAUCUACAAGUCGGUAUUUAACCAGUGUAUAUUAAUCAGCCGUUCAAGUGGGUUCUGUGAACGACGGUGACUAAGAAGAGACUCGCCCGUGAUGAGAACGAUGUAUUAAUAAUUAUACAAGAAGAAAAGCUGUGACUCCUUUCUACUUAAAAGCAAAAUGUCUCAAACUACGACAAUCGAAACGGUGACAAUCACCAGACCAUUGAAGGUAAUCGCCUUCAUAUGUGGAGUGAUUGUCAUUCUGUUAAUGAUUAUGGGAUUGGCAUCUACGGAUUGGUUAAUGUCUCUUGGAUGGAGACAAGGACUCUUUGCACAUUGUAUCGAAGAAGGUGCACCUACUCCAUUGCCAUUUAAUAUGAAUGAGCCUGCAGGAUGCUAUCAAGCCAGAGAUGCUGAAUAUAUCAGAGCUGCUGCGGCACUCUGUGUGGUUUGCCUCCUGGCUGAUAUUGCAGCAACAAUUCUCACAGGGCUUGGUCUCCGUUCACAGGAUCAUCGUGACAAGCACAAGUAUUAUCGGUUUGCAGUCUUCUGCAUGGGAAUUGCUCUGGUGUCUUUGCUGAUUGCCCUGGUCAUAUACCCUGUUUGCUUUGCAGCAGAGCUUAAUUUUGGAAACCGUCCCAUGUGGGAAUUUGGUUGGGCAUACGGAGUUGGCUGGGGUGCCGCAAUAUUUCUCUUCGGCGGAGCUGUCCUUCUACUGUGCGAUAAGGAAAGCGAAGAAAUCUACUAUAAGGAAAGGAAGAUCGUACGCGAUGAUAUUGGUGGGGGUGGUGGGGCUGGUUCUAUGAUGGGCGUUGGCCACCAUGGAAGGAGUGGUACGCAGCUCGCCUAGUGGCACUGCUCCCUGCCCGACGUUGUCCUCUAGAUGAGAUUGGCACUUCUAUUUCCCAUCGGCGGCGGAACUCUACGCGGAACUCUACAUGCGGGUCGAGAGUCCGACGAAUCAACGGUAUGUCUGAUAAUGCGUCUGACCGAGUGAAUAAUUUUUGUACAACCGUCUGUUUCUCUCUUUCUAUCUAUCUCUAUGGAAAGACCUCUAUAUCGCGUAGUGUACACGCGAAAUUCUCGGAUAUUCGUGUCUACUGGGGGACUGGUGGGAGAAUGCAGGGAUAAAAUAUUUUUUUUAAUCUAUUACUGGUCCAGUGUACCAGUAUAAAAUGGGGAUAUAUAUGACCGGUCUAAUGGCACAAAAUAAUAAAGUUCACGCCAGUUCCUCGUGAGAUAUUUUCUAGCCUGCAUACGUAACAAUGUCCUGCACUUCACUACUCAUCGGACACUUUGUUGCCGUCGGCCGUCGCAGGUUUUUUCCUUGAUUUUUCGAGAUCAUUGAUUAGAUUAAAUUUUUUUUUUCUUUUUUGUUAACAGAAUCAUUUGUUCUUAUGUUUUUGAGACGUUCAUAGGAUCCUACAUACCACUUACUCUGUUUACCCGGAGCCAUUGCACACAGGGUGUUCAUUAAUUUUAAUCGCGACCCUGAUGUUUGUUAAACGACGUAAAUAGACACGAAAUUAACGUUACUGUCCAAUGUGAGACUCGAUGAGAAAUCAAUUUUCGGAUGAUGGAUUUAAUGAUCUUAACGACACUCCAACUAUGGAAAUUUGACUGACAAUUGAAUUUUUUUGGUGCCCUUCACAUCAGAGCUAUCGGGACAUGUUGAAAUUUACUAUUGGACAGACAGUAUGGCGAUACAAUAUCUAAACGAGGAUCAUUCGAUUUUGCAAUUGUAUUGAGAGUUGUUAAUCAUUCCAGCCAGAAUUUUCGGACGAUGACUUUUUCCAAUGAUAUGUUCCCUUUUCUUUGACUUACAUUGUUUCCUUAACACUCAAUUUUGUUCAAUGAAGAUUUCACUUGCAGUGGUAAAGAUUCUUAAAUGCCUUGCGCCAUAAUGUGAAUUUUUUCUUUUUUUUUUUAUGCUAUGUAUAUAUGUGGACAACGUACGCUCUAGGGAAUACCUUUGAAUUUAUUAUUUAAGUGCGUUCCCAACCGUCGCAAGGGCGUCGUUUACUUUAGCCAAAACUUAUGAUAUUUUUGAUAAAUUAACAUUAUUUAUGUGGACAUAGCAAUUAGCGUGACCUUAAAAUUAAGAAAAGAAAUAACGAGCGCCUCCAUUGAAAUUAACACAAAACUGUUUGGCUUUUAGUCUGAGGGAGAUUGAGAAAAGGAUAUUAUUUUCAUGAAUCGAAUAUAAAUCUCCUGCGCCCACUAUGGUAAUUUUCGUACGAAAAUCAUUGUUAUUUUGUAUCCAUUCAGAUAAGACCAUUGAUUCUUGCUUAUAAUCAUUGUCGAGGAUAUAUUAAACAUUCGGCAGCUAUUUUAUCGUAAAAGAGAAGUUAGAAUUGAUUUAACUAUGGCGCAAACAAAACCAACCACUUGUAUAGGCAGAGCCCUGUAAUUGUCAUGCGUUUAAUUAAUUAGCACACCUCGACGGAGGGCAGGUGAAAAAGAAAAUACCGUCACCAGUUAUUAUUAAAUAUUAUAACUUCCGUCAAUAUUGCACAAAUGCUCUACACAAUCUAAUAUCAUUCUCUUCCAAGUAAAUAUUUGUAUCCUGGAAGUGAGAGUAAAUCUAACAUCGGGAGAGCGACCAAACUAUACUAUACUUUAGGUUUAUAUGACGAAUCAGUUGAGUUCUCUUGGCUCUUACUUUUUUUUUUUUUUUUUUUUAAUAAAACUUAUAAAAGAAUAUUCCUUGGAGACGGUACCGUACUUUCCACGCAGCCCUGUCGAGCUUACCGGCGUUUAGUUGGCAGCAAAACUUUUAAUUUCACCACUCGGUUCAAGUAACGGGAGACCGACGUCCAAAUGGUCCUCGAAGUAACAAUAUAAGAAACAAAAAAAAAAGAAAAUGUACAAGACAUAAUUCUCUGAUACCCAACUAUACCGUCUCUCAUCUGCAAUGACAUUAUUUUCCUUCAGCGUAUCUUAAAUUACUCCAAGACGCUGGCUCUGAAAUUAUUUUAAAUUUCAUUGGUUUUAAAGACUGAGAUAACAUCGAUGUACGGUACCAGAGAAUUAUUUUUCUUGGUUACACCCAUCGACCAAGACGACCGAUAAUAGGGAACUAGAAUAGAAUAUUAAGGAAUAAGAAAAAGAAGGACGCGGAGUGCUGUUUGUGAGUGCGUGACGUAAGAGAGGCAGCUCGGGCAGGUUAUACCGAUCCAUUGCGUAAACUUUAAGGCGGCCCCGGUUUUAUAAUUAGCCGGUUUAAUUAGCAACGCGAUGGUGAUGU